AAGAAGAGAAGCAGCAAAUCAUAUGUCAAAUAGAAGGGACUUGCUCUGGCAUGUCCGGUCUAUACACGUGCUGCCUCCUAAGAAAUGAAUAUGCUAUGGAGAACGCAGGAGCAAAGACGAUAUAUCAGAAGAUAAUUGUUAAUAUGCGGAGGAAAAGAAAAGACAACCACAGUGAACCACUGGGUACAAAUAAGUUGGUUAAAAAAACAAAAUGGAGAGAUACAAUGCAAGAAUGUCAAAACACUCAGAUCUCGGAAAACAGGAGGACUGAUGCAGCCAAACCUGGACACUCUGUGUUUGUACCUAAUACUGCCGACCACCACAGUUUAGUCACAGCCCUCAAAGACAGCUGGGAGGUGGACAGCGGCUUCUCCGAGGCCAGUCCUCCAGCCAGCGGUCGGAGUUCACCGUGCCUUAGCUCAUGCCCAACCACAGUGGUGGCUUUGGACUGUGAGAUGGUUGGGACAGGACCUGGCGGAUGCUGCAGUGAGCUGGCCCGCUGCAGUAUCCUGGACUAUCAUGGCAAUGUCCUGUAUGACAAAUACGUCCAGCCAUGUCAGCCCGUCACAGACUACAGGACUCCCUGGAGCGGCAUCCAGAGGCGGCAUCUGAGAAACGCUACACCCUUUGUUCAGGCCAGGGAGGAGAUCAUGAGCAUACUUGAGGGCAAAGUGGUCGUGGGCCAUUCCAUCUACAACGACUUUGAGGCAAUGGACAUUCUCCACCCAUGUCAUAUGGUCAGGGACACAUGUUCUACACGUCUCCUCAGCCGGUUGGCCGGUUUCCCCCGAAAACGCCACCCUUCGCUCAAAAUUCUGGCCGGUAAGCUGCUAAACAAGAAGAUACAGGUUGGGGGGAGAGGUCACUGUUCGGUGGAGGAUGCUCUGGCCUCACUGGACCUCUACAAGCUGGUGGAGGGCGAGUGGGAGCAGGAGCUGCAGACCAAUCUGAGGGACAACAAUGCUCCGCACGAGCCCAGCUUCGCCUCCUCUAACCACUACAUGAAAGACGAGUACUGGCCUGAUGAUGUCACAACUGACAGCCAAUGAGAAAAGGGUAUUCAUAAAAUUAUCCUCAUAGUCUCAUAUGAGAAGAUGUGCUGAGUAACUUCUGGGAAAAAUAUUGUUUGAAAGCAAACACUUGUUAACAUAUUAUCGUUGAGCAUGUUAAACAUGGUUGCUUAUACCAACAGCAUGUUUCUGCUGUGAUACAAAAGAUUUGACUGCAGAGUUGAUAUUAAUCAAGUGGAACAGACAUGAUUUAUUUUAUGAAGUGUUUGUGAUCUGUAGAGUUUUCAACAGUCUUUGCUCUUACGUGGGAGUGAAAAAUGUAACUUAACAGGGCAUGAGACUAGACUGUAUUUUUCAGUUUGUUUGUAUUUUCUCGAAAUACCUCUGUUCACAACAUGUGACCAUCUCUUGAUGUGAAGAUAUAGAAAACUGAAAAAGUCGCAGCUUUUCAGAUGUUUUAUCAAUUUCAUGUCAAAAGGAAAGUUUACAAAAAUAUAUAAGUGCUGCAAGUUACCUCAUUGUUCCUGCUCCUAAAAGUCCUAAUAAAAUGACAUCAUUUUUAAAUCAA